CAAGGACACGGAUCGGAAGUAACCUAUGUCAUGGCAAAAAGGAAGCUUAAGAAAAACAAUACAUAUCACUCGUCUUCAGUAGCAUCGGUGAUACCAAAGAGCCAGAAAGAAAUGGCACAAACGGAGAAAAGUGCCACUUUUGCCCUUGCUGCUGUUGCUUUGGUCGUGGCUGUUUGCGUGGCACCACUAGCAGCUGAAAUAUCUUCGUCUGAUAUACAUCAUCAUAAGCGCCUGUCCCUGAAGAUGGAUGAGGCACAGCUGACGGUCAACAAUGAGUUGUCAUAUGAGGUGCAGGUGUCUUGGAUGUCACAGCGCUGCUACCAGUGUUUGUACCAGCAGCUAGGGGUGGUACCUGCAGGGCUUGGCCCUGGUCAGCCCAGUUCAGUAAACUUUGUUGUAAGCACACAGCAUGAAAUAACACUGCAGAUCAACAGCACACCUAUCGAGCUGGAGCUCUGCAAAAUUCCUUUCCACUUUGGCGAGCAUGGUAACUACUCUCUGUGGGUGAAAACCCUGAACGCAUCUUUUGGAGUCAACUGCUCUGUAGUUACUGAUAAGGACCCUGUGAAUAGCUACAUACCGAUCUUGGUUGCUUUUCUUAUCUAUGCUCUCCUGGCCUUGGUGUUUGCCAUUGGAAAAAAGGUUUGGGGGCUUGAUGCGGUAAGAGGUCUGGUCCUCCGACUUGGGAGUUCCAUGGAAACAGAGAGACUCAUCAAUUCUGAACUGGGCCCCACUCGGGUAGUGCCGCCAGUCACUGAUAACAUCCUCCCUCCCCCGCUAACAAGCAGCAAGAGGCUUCGAUCUUUGGAUACAUUCAGAGGUAUCUCCUUAGUCAUUAUGGUGUUUGUGAACUAUGGAGGGGGACGAUACUGGUUCUUCAGACAUGAAAGCUGGAAUGGCCUUACUGUUGCCGACCUAGUCUUCCCUUGGUUUGUGUUCAUAAUGGGCACGUCCAUCGCACUCUCCAUCAAUGCCUUGCUGCGUGCAGGCGCGACCCGUUGCUCAUUGCUCAGAAAAGCUGUGUGGCGGAGCUUGCAGCUCUUCAUCAUUGGUGUCCUAGUCAUCAACCCAAACUAUUGCCAGGGAGCGUUGGCUUGGGAAAACUUGCGGAUCCCGGGUGUGUUGCAGCGCCUCGCCUGGUCAUAUCUGGUCGUAGCUUGCUUGGAUUUAUUGGUGGCCAGAGGACAACUUGACGUCCUCACAGUGGAUGCGUGGUGGUCCCCAGCUAUUGAUUUCUUGCUGUAUUGGCCAGCCUGGCUGUGUGUGAUUCUUCUAGAAGUACUCUGGCUCUUCCUCACAUUUCAACUUCCUGUGCCAGACUGCCCAACAGGUUAUCUGGGUCCAGGUGGGAUUGGGGACAUGGGGCUGUAUGUGAACUGCACCGGUGGAGCAGCUGGUUUCAUUGACCGCUUGCUUCUGGGAGAAAAGCACAUGUACCAGAAUCCAUCAUCAAGGGUGAUUUAUGCAACUCGUAUACCGUAUGAUCCAGAAGGUGUUCUUGGCAGCAUCAACUCUAUCCUCAUGGCCUUUCUGGGAUUACAGGCAGGGAAAAUAAUCUUGCACUACAGAGAACGCCCCAAAAGUAUUAUGUCGAGGUUCCUCAUAUGGGGUCUGUUACUGGGUGUCAUAUCAGCAUUUCUAACCAAAUGUUCCACAGACCAGGGUUUCAUUCCUGUCAACAAGAACUUGUGGUCUCUUUCUUACGUGACAACACUGGCCUGCUUUGCCUUUGUGCUCCUAAUGCUGAUCUACUACAUAGUGGAUGUAAAUAAGUGGUGGUCAGGGGCACCUUUCUACUAUCCUGGUAUGAACUCCAUACUUGUGUACGUGGGCCACGAAGUGUUUGAAGACUACUUUCCCUUCCACUGGCGCAUGUCCAACAGCCAAUCCCAUGCUGAGCAUCUCAUUCAGAACCUUGUGGCCACUUCCUGUUGGGUCAUCAUCUCCUAUUUGCUUUACAAAAAGAAGAUUUUCUGGAAAAUUUAAACACAGGAUCAGCAAAAGCACAGGACAUUGUUUACAUCAUAGAUGCUGGAGACACAACAAGAAUGCAUUUGGUUGGACACAGAAUGCAGAUUAAUUAUGUCAAUGUUAUAUCAUAACUAUAUGAAUCUCUGUCUCUGAUCAUGUAUGGGGUUUCUUUCAUCACAUAGCUAUUCUGUUAGGUUAUUUCCCCUUUCUUUCUUUUUACAUUUUUUUUUUAAUUUCUGUUAUGACCUUAUGGGACAAUAAACAGUUUGUUCAGUUAUGCACCAGGAAAGUUAUCCUUAGUGACUCAGGAAAAAAAUAUUUGAAGAAUAGUUUGGAUUGUAAAUACACCAUCUUUAAUGUGUAGUAGUUUACACAUUCACCUACAAAGCAAAAGAUCCCUGGUUGAAUCCUGGCAGGAGACACAAGUAUAAUGGGGGUUGCAUAAGGAAGGGCAUCCAGUGUAAAAAUGUGCCAAAUCAAAUAUGCGGAGCGACCACUAUGGUAACCUCUUGUGAAUAAGGAAGCAGCCCAAAGUAACUUUAAAUAAACUAUUUUUGUUAUACCAGCGCAUCUUAAAUGGCAGAGUAUUUAAGCAGGGUGUUGCAGUAUUUCUUUAAUAGGCCCUAUUGACUUCUCUGUUGUCAUGUGAAGUGCUGUGGUGUUACCCUGAAGGCUGACGUUAGGUUUUUGGGGUUUUUUGCUUUUUAUCAGGUGGACGCUAAAGGCAAAACAUUUACCAACAAUUCACUGUAAUCUUUAAAUAUUUUUUUCCCGCUCUACAUUUUAAGAUGGAAUUGGUGUUCAAAUGAGGGGGAUAUCAUAAGUAGAUGUUUCCUAUAUCCCUUACCCCCACCCAGCAUGUAGUGUCUGUGCUGCUCAGAGCGUAGCACUAUAGCUAAAAUGGAAAUGCUCAUGUUCAUCGCUCCAUUCUGUUUUGCGAGUAUAAUGAAUGACUGCUGGCUUCACUGUGCUCCCAUUUUAUGUACAUCUCACAAUCGAUGUGGGUAACUGAGCAACCAAACAUAAGAAAGACACGAGAAAACAAACCUCCAAACCUGUUCUCUCUGAUUUCCAUUUCUCUAUUACAUUUAAGAUGACCUGUCAGAUUAAAUAAGCUCCAAAUGUUCAGGGGAGUUAAAGGAGGGGAUGUUAGCAAUGUUAUGCAUUUGGUUUCAUGUGGAAGCAGCACAGGUUUUGUUUUUUUGUUUUUUUUAUGGUCUUCAAAAAACAGAAGUCACAGUGCUGCUAUUUUUUGUGUGUUAGUGUUACAUAUGCAUUUUUUCUCAACUUUAGUUUAAUACCCCAAUUUUUUGCUGCUGUUUUGCCAAAUGUGUUUUUUUUCCUUACACAGUAAUCUGAAAAAGCACCAUAAAUAUAUUUGAUGGAGUCUUAUCAUAAGACUGUUCCCAUUACUCCCACUGUAUUGGGUAAAUGUGCUCGCUGUUAUGAUUGGCAGUUGAUAAAACAUUUACCACCUGUUUUUGCAGAAUCAUCAUGUUCAGUCUAUAGAAUAUCCAGAUGCUGUGGAUAUUAUUUUUUGGGGGGGACUGCUCAUGUAGUACGUUCACCAUUUCUAUUUCAUGACAUUUACUUUGUUAAACUUUUAUCUAAUUUUUUAUAUAUACACUAUUUGAAA